CUUGGCAGUCACUCUUUCGUCCAGUCGCGACAUAUUCAUCCCGAAUGAGCAGUCGCGGCGGGCCUCCCGGCAGCACCGCAUCGGGUGCGAGCCGCACAGGUGGAGCGGGCCGUGUGGUGGUCGCCCAGGGUGAGAAUAGCGGCGUUGGAGCAGCAGCACCAGUGAGCGCCAAGCCGGCCGCGCCAACACUGGACGCCGCGCAGCUCCGUCGGCAGCAACUCGAAGCGUUCCGCGCUAGCAAGGCUCAGCCAAAGGGCAAGCCGACUUCAACAGCCCCUUCAACUGCAUCCAAGUCCAGUGCAAUCGCUGCCCCGACGACAGCUUUGCGUCCAUCCGCACCCGCACCAGGCACGCAAUCGCGAGCUGCAGGUCCCUCCACCCAGGCACGGCCAACUAGCACGAUGCAACGAAGCUCAGCGAUGACUCCUGCAGCACGGGUGGCAAGCCGGCAACCACAGCCAAUGUCCGUCGCUGCUCCUCGUCAUCUGAUGGCAAACGUUGGAACUUCCACUCGGGGCUCCAUCCGACCAUUCGUUGAGGAGCAGUUUCAACAGCCUCGACCAACGGCAGCCUCGGUGUCCUCGUCGGGAGCGGCGUUGCAAGCUUCUCGUACGCAACAGGCUUCACGGGCAGCGCCGGCGGCUCUAGUACAACAAAAACGGACAGCGCAGCAAGCAGCGCUCGUGGCACCCAUCCCACACGACGACAAUCGAGAUUUGAAUCGUGUGGGUCAGGACGAAGAGGAUGAAGCCGACUACAUUGAAUCCGAGAUGGAUUUCGACGACAGUCGGACCAAGCUUCGAAGCUCGCUGCAAGUCGAUCGACCGCUGUUCUCCCCCGAAUCUGCGGAUACCUGGGCUGAACCUAUGGUCACGUUGUCAUCAGCAUCUUCUUCGGCCCCCGCCGAUGUUCAAGACGCACAACGAGCAGCGAAGCGAUUCAGGGCAGGAGAGGCAGAACGGCAAGAGCAGGAGCAGCUGGAAAGGGUCGCCAGCAACAUGCUCGUUUCCAACCUUGCGUUUGCCCCACCUUCCGGCGAGGAUGCUGGCGUCCAAGUGUCUAUUAUCAGUUUGGAGGCCAUGGAAGAGCUGGCUGCAGCUCAACGAGAGGUCAGAGCUUUGCACGAAGCGCGAGAUCAGCUCGAAUUCCAGCACAGCGAAGCGAUGGUGCAGGAACACGACGUGCGCGCUGGGCUUCAGGCAAGAAUAUCGGAGCUCACGUCUCAAGCGAACAAUCUCGCCCGUGACGUCGAGGCUGCUGAACAACGCUUUGCCAACCAAGUUGGCCUGACGCAAGCCGCCGACCUGCGUACCCACGAAGCCGAGUUUGCCCGCAGCGCCCUCGAAGCCGAAAUGGCUGUCGUUCAUGAGCGCUGGCAGCUCCUCGUCCACGAUUUGCAAGUUGCGGAAGGAACACUGAGAUCCGUUGUUCAAAUUGCUGGUAUACCUCGUGGUGAAGAUGGAUUAGCGCCCGCUGGACUCAUUGUGAACUGGAUCAGUCAAUUGGUGGCCAGCGGUGAGCACUUGGAAGGGAUUCGCCUGUCUCUGGAUGAACAGCUGGCGCAAGAGAGACACCGCUCGGAAGUGCUCGAGCAAAGUUUGAUGGAGGCCCAGAGCCAACUGAAAUACGCGUCUCUCAUCAACAAGUUGCAUGAGGAAGAAACCCAACUUGCCACGUUGAAUCGCAACCGCCCUGCAUUGCGGAAUGUGGAACCGAGCAGGCCAAGUACCCGUUCCAAGUCAAAGCAAGUCAUUCACAUCUUGAAGGAGCAACGGCCGCCCACUCGCAGCGAGAUGUGCGCUGCGUUCGACAAUGUAGAUGUUCCGACAGUCGAGCCACCGCAACCCACACAAUCCGUCCCGGCUGUCCCGGUCGAGGAAGCCAUCGUACCGUCAUCUGAAGAGGACACGGAUUCGCCCACGCCCAUGGCUGAUGCCGAAGACAAGCCCAAGAAGAGCAGCCGCCGCGACGUUGUCGUUGCGCUCGGCCAGGCCAACCCGCUGCCAGCAGGCGAGCAGGCAACGUUGGUGCGCGAAGCAUCGUCGCUUGCUCGCGAGUGUCUGGCGCUUCGCAUGGGCAAUGAGAUUCUCGUGGAGCAGAAGCGUGAGCUGAUUGUGCGUCAUGAGCGCCAAGUACAACAAUUGGAGCAGUCGUUCUCUGAGCGCGUGGCUGAAGUGAAUGGACAGAUGAUGGGUGGACUGCAGCUCGCCAUGCAACGAGUCAACGAUCUGAAGGCUCAACUGGCCGUGUAUCAACAGCGCUACCCCGAGGUUGCUGAGCGCCAAGACGCAGGGUCUGAUGAGGCGGCAGUGUAAACAAGACUGACGUGGGGAAUUUGGCGUUCCAGUGUGUUUUGUGCGGUUGAUGUUUUUUGUGAGAAUUACACCGAGUCGAAGAUCCUUUUGUCCAAAGCCAA